ACACAUGACAUUCCAAAUAUGUUACUUCAGGUGAACACUCUGUCUCGACAGCCCUGGAUGUCCAACAGGCAUCUAUAAUGAACAGUAACGGGAAUGAGACAGAGCCAGGGGUGAGCGGUGUGGGCGACCUGGAUGAUAGUGGUACAGUAGCACUAGAGUCUGCCUGUAUUGUCCUCAUAGCCUUGCUCAUCUGCUUGGGAAACCUGCUCAUUGUGGUGACACUCUACAAGAAGCCCUACCUGAUGACUCCCAGCAACAAGUUUGUCUUCAGUUUGACAUUGUCUAAUCUGCUGCUGUCAGUGUUGGUCCUGCCCUUUGUGGCCGCUAGCUCCAUGCAGCGAGACUGGAUAUUUGGCGUGGUGUGGUGUAACUUCACUGCCUUGCUUCAUCUUUUAGUCAGUUCUGCCAGUAUGCUCACACUGGGGGCCAUUGCCAUAGACAGGUACUAUGCUGUGUUGUAUCCUAUGAUCUAUCCCAUGAAGAUCACAGGCAAUCGCUCCGUGGUGGCCAUUGUUUAUGUGUGGAUCCACUCUCUGGUGGGCUGCCUGCCGCCACUCUUUGGAUGGUCCACGUUCGAAUUCGAUCGAUUCAAGUGGACUUGUACGGCGGCGUGGCAUCGAGAAAUUAGUUAUACCACGUUUUGGAUCACGUGGUGCUGCCUGUUGCCAUUGUCUGCCAUGCUGGUGUGCUACGGGGUCAUCUUCCGCGUUGCUCGACUCAAAGCCCGUAAGGUCUACUGUGGUUCUGUGGUGGUGACUCAUGAGGAGUCAAGCUCGCAGAAGAACGGUCGCAAGAACUCCAACACCUCCACCUCCUCCAACAGUAGCCGCAAGAGCCUGAUCUACUCAGGCAGCCAGUGCAAAGCCUUCGUCACCAUCCUCGUCGUUCUCGGCACGUUCUUGGUCACGUGGGGACCUUACGUGGCGGUGAUUACCUCUGAAGCUGUGUGGGGUAAAGACAGUUUCUCUCCACGACUGGAGACUCUCGUAUCCUGGCUUUCAUUCACCAGCUCUGUCUGUCACCCAGUCAUCUACGGACUGUGGAACAAAACGGUACGCAAGGAGCUCCUGGGCAUGUGUUUCGGUGACCGUUACUACAGGGAGUCAUUUGUCACGCGGCACAGGACGUCCCGUCUUUUUAGCAUCUCCAAUCGAAUCACAGAUCUUGGGAUGUCUCCUCACCUGACAGCUUUAUUGGUCGGGGGAGGGCAACUCCUGGGACUUGGUAGCAGCACUGGAGACACAGGAUUCAGCUUUACUCAGGAUUCUGCCACUGACAUCAUGAUGUUGGAGAGCCACUCUUCAGACAACACCCACACAACCCUCUAUGGAGGAAACAAAAGGAGGAGAAGCUCUGUCACAUUUGAGGACCAGUUGGACCACUGCUCCAGAGUAACUGAAGCUGCUGACUCAUCCACGCACCAUAUCCGGGCAGACAUCCAUACGCCUCUGGAUAGCUUUGCAUCAUGCCUGGCCAAGGCCAUAGAAACCGACGCUAAGCUGCAACUCUUUGGGGAACGGACCACAAUACCACCAGCUCUGUCUACAGUCAACACACAGAGAGCCCCACGCUCUCUGAACGGACAGAGACUCAGAAUGGAGAGCAUAGAUGAAGGAAUAGUCAGAGAUGAUGAGGAGGAAGAGGAGACAGAGUAAUGAUUUGCAUAGCAUCUGUUUGUUUGAAAAGUUCUUUCAUUACAUCCUAAGUAGGACCACAUUG